AUGGAACGCAGAACAGGCCUGGAGCUGAAUGUCAUAGCUUCAUCAGAAGAUUGCCACUGGGCAAAUGACAAUGGCUACGACGGCAAUGGCUACGACGGCAAUGGCUACGACGGCAAUGGCUACGACGGCAAUGGCUACGACGGCAAUGGCUACGACGGCAAUGGCUACGACGGCAAUGGCUACGACGGCAAUGGCUACGACGGCAAUGGCUACGACGGCAAUGGCUACGACGGCAAUGGCUACGACGGCAAUGGCUACGACGGCAAUGGCUACGACGGCAAUGGCUACGACGGCAAUGGCUACGACGGCAAUGGCUACGACGGCAAUGGCUACGACGGCAAUGGCUACGACGGCAAUGGCUACGACGGCAAUGGCUACGACGGCAAUGGCUACGACGGCAAUGGCUACGACGGCAAUGGCUACGACGGCGACAGAGGGACUGGACCGAGAACAGGCAGCGACUAUAAAUGA